GGAAGGGAGAUGCCGGCGGGGAAGGGGGGCCUCGGCCGGGAAGGGCCAGUCAGGCUGCGCGGAGCUCCGCCUCCCGCUGGCUCCCCGGAGCGGAGCAGGGCGCCGGGCCAGCGGGGAGGCAGGGGCGCUGGGGGCGGCUCUCGGGAAGCUCGCGUCCCGGGGUGCAGGGGUGGCGGGGGUGGGGGGGACGGCCGCGGUCCGGGCGCCGGACUGUUUACCUCCGAGUCUCCCCAGGCCGCAGGCUCCCGCCCGGCCUCCCCACCUCUCCCCUCCCGGGCCGGGCGUUCGUCCUUGCCAGCCUCCCACGUGCUCGCGGAUCGCAGUCCCGGGUUUCGGGUGGGAGUCGUCCCGGGAGGAGCCGAGGAGGGGGCGGCGCCCGGAGCCCGGGCCACGGGGCAGGUCAGCCGGCUACGGGCUCCCAGCGCUGCGGCCGCCGAGUAGGUGUGGCUGCGCCGCCGCCGCCGCCGCCGCCCGCGUGGCCUCGGUUGGACCACUGAAUUUUUUACGAGCGUUCAGUCUACACGCGUAAAUAUCACAGAUCCGUCCUCCCACAGUGGGAAGAGAAAUCAGGAACUGUGCGCGGGGUGAUGAGAAGGGAAAGUGUGGCUUGGGGAGGGCACGUCUCGGGAUGAUCUCGUUUGACAGGAAGAGGCCUCCACCUUUUUAAGAGCACUGUCUCCGGAGCCCUCUGAAUGCAGAGGACCCAGUUUGUGCUGGAUCGGCCCAGAAAUGCCUGGCGCGCCUUGCUGGUGAGCGCGGCCCUAGCGUAGGCAGUGUGUACACAAGACUUGCGGGAGUGUGAAGUCUGGUUUAAGACGACAGGAUCUUAGACUGUGAAAAUGUGACUGAGGAUACAAGACAAGAAAUAAUUGCCGAAAACUUGGCUUGUAUGAGUUCUGAAAAAGGAGACUUGCCUAAGGCGAAGAGAGAAUCAGUCUAUCUCUGUCUCAGAUUAACAUUAGUUGAAUAUUUUCUGCGUGCCUGUGCUGCGAUGAUCGUAGUUAACCCUCACAUCGCUAUAAAUCACUAUGCCGCUUUUUCAGGUGAGGAAGCUGAAAAUCAGUGUGUGUAAGUGAUUUGUCCUAAGUAACAGUGUGAGAGAAGGAAUGAAGUUGACCAGAUUCUUUGCCUACCGAGCCCAACACUCUUUGAGCGAAGAGCAGACGUCCAAAACUGACUGGAUGGUUCUUCCCUAAAUUAGGGUCCAUUGGGUUCACCGGGAGGGAGUCCUUUGUUAGCUUCUCUGUUUUACUUACCUAGAAUGGGGGCCAACAUUAACCAUUGAUUAAGAGUCUUAGUAAAAUCUUCCUUUGGGUGUUGCAGUAAUUCACUAAUAUCCAAAAGGGAGUGUCUGAUAUUGUCAGAAAUGAGUCUUUUUAUAAGCAGAGGAGGUGAAGGUAAGAGUAUUCUCAACACUAAUUUUCAUUUUCUAAGGAAUCUGCUUUCUGCUUUGUUCUUUAAGCACUACCAUCUUCUUCCUAAAACUGUAUUUUUGUAUACUGCUUAUUAACCAGUCUUUGUAGAAUGAAGAAGAUCCUCCUCUCAGUUCUUUAUAACUCUGUGUAACAGUUGUGGUAGAAGGUGUGAUGUAGAAAAAAUUUUCAAUUAUUGGCCAGUAUCUGUUAUGGGCAUUACCUGAAUUUCAAUUGAUUUAUUUGAUUCCUUCCUCUUGUAAGGGCCGACUUUUUUUUUUUUUAAGUAUUUUCAGAAAAUUGGGGCCUUAGCUUGAUCAAGAUCAGCAGUGAGAAUUUAAAGCUUAAAUUUUGUAACUGUGAUUCCUUGGUCUCUACCUUACGAUAGUAGAUAUGUGGCAUGAUUUGUCUGCACAUAAAGUUUUCCUGGCCUUUAAUUUCUGAAAUAGUUUAUACGUGUGUAAAUACCCAGAAAAAUUAUUGGGAAAAUAUGUGUCCCACUUAACACUUUUAUAGACCAGUCGCGGAGGGACAGUUUAUAUUGUAAAAGAUCACUGAUACUUAACAUUAUUCAACUAUAAAAUUGUCUUAAAAUGGUUCUUAUUUUGUACUGUUUUUAUUUUUACCUGUUAUUUUAAUAUAUACUUUAGAACACACAUACUUGGGAAAAGGAAUACCCUAGGUAUUAAUAAAAAUACUUCCUUGUGGCUACUCUGUAGAGUCCGUGCAGUAUUGCUUUGUGUAAUGUACUCGGAUAUCAGAACCUGGGGUCUCCUGAUUCCUCAUUUGAGCAGCCUCAGACCAACUGUUUUUAAAAGACUUCUCACUUCAUUUACCAGGGCAGUACUUAGACUCAGCCUCAACACGUAAUGAAUAUUUGACUCUUCAACACCAAAUUUUUAACUCUUGCUAAUGUAUUUGCCAGAAGUGUAUACAUAUACAAUACCUUUGACAGGGUGUGUAUUAAGGUAUUAUUAUCUCUUCAUUUUAGAACUCUUGACUGUACUCAGAGAUUUAAAAAAUUAACCUUUACGUUUGAGUUUAGGAGCUUUGUUGUAAUGACACUGAUGAAGAAUAGCAAAAAUGUGUGCAGAGGAAGUAGCCUAAACUGUGCAGGAAUCAUGAUAUAUAAGGUUUCAGUGUAAAAUCUUGCAGGAUAUACGGUCUAUAAAAUAACUCAAUGAGCUUAAAUGCAAUGUGAAACUUUUCUGAUGUGCCUUGUCAGAUUGUGUCACGUUCUGACUCUGUGUGUGCUAGUAAUCUGCUAAAUUUUUAUGCUUCUAGCUUUUAAGUCUCAAAAUUCUACCAUGCCUUUUUUUU